AUGGGAGGACAAAAGUUUGAAUACGAUGAAAGUGGCUCUACAUUUUUUUAUUUUGUUUUAUCAUUUCUCGCGUUAAUUUUGGUCCCGGCGACAUUUUAUUACUGGCCAAGAAAGCGAAAAGAAGACCCAAUAAAACUAGCAGAACAAUGUCAGUGUCCAAGCUGUCGAAAGAAAAGGAUUAUCAUUGAACAAUCACAACCCUAUAGGAACUUCAAAAACUUUCUUAUUAUAUUGGCUAUUGUAUCAGGAUGGGUGCUUCUGGGAUUUUUAACUAUAAAAGUUUCCCAAUUCGAUUAUGAAAUGUCUAACUUUGACCCAUAUGAUAUAUUGGGCUUGCCCCCCGGUGCUACUCAAGCGGAAAUUAAAAAGUCUUAUAGGAAACAGUCCCUCAUACUUCAUCCUGAUAAGGAGACAGGAGAUGAAAAGGCAUUUAUGAGACUAACAAAAGCCUAUCAGGCACUAACAGAUGAUGAAGCAAGAAGGAAUUGGGAGAAAUACGGUAACCCAGAUGGCCCUGGCGCCAUGAGUUUUGGUAUUGCUCUACCUAGCUGGAUAGUUGAAAAAGAGAAUAGUGUGUGGGUUCUAGGCCUCUACGCUCUUGUCUUUAUGGUUGCUCUUCCAACUGCAGUUGGUACCUGGUGGUACCGUUCUAUCAAGUACUCUGGGGAGCAGGUAUUACUGGACACAACUCAGAUGUAUUUCUUUUUCUGUCACAAAACACCAUCAAUGCCUUUGAAAAGAGCUCUUAUGAUCCUAGCGGCGUCCUGUGAGUUUGACAAAAGGCACAAUUCGGAAAUCAUUGAAAGAAUAACAGAUAAUGAAGAAGUGCCUAGUUUGCUCCGAGAUCUACCGAAUCUUGGUGAAAAGAACAAGGAACAGCCACUUUGUAGACCAUACAGUAUUAAAGCAAGGGCACUACUUCACGCACACUUGUCGCGUAUGAAACUGCCUGAAGACACCCUAGAAGCUGACCGGCGGUACAUCGUCUCUCGAUGCCCGGAUCUAAUUGUUGAAAUGGUUAACUGUGUUAAUCAACUGAUCGCGUUAGCUUACGCUAGAAGAAUACCUCGUCUGCCCACAAUUGAAACUAUCGAGAAUUGUAUGAAAUUGUCACCAAUGAUAGUCCAGGGUCUUUGGGAGUACAAAUCGCCUCUAUUACAACUGCCAUAUAUAACUGAAGAUCAUUUAAAAUACUUUACUAACCGUAAAAAGCACAUCAAGUCGUUAUUACAACUAGCACAAUUACCAGGGGAAGAGCGGAGGCAGGUAUUGAGGUUCUUGAAUGAUGAUCAAUAUGAAGAUAUGAUGAAAGUGUUAGGAAAUAUGCCCUAUAUUCACUUCCAAGUGAAUACGGAAGUAAUUGAUGAUGAAAACUCCACUGUUGUAACUGCUGGUGCAAUAGUCACAGUUACUGUGCUUCUACAGCGAACUAAUAUGAAGGAGCUAUUUGGUGAUACUACUAUCAAAGAGAAAAACAAGAUGAAGGAUGAUGUAGAGGGCGCAGGAGAUAAUGGAGAGAACGAUAAAACGGAUAAGAAUGAUAAGACAGAGAAAAAUGAUAAAAAAGAUGUUUACAAGAGGCCUGUGUGGAUGAAACAAAACAAGAAACCCAUAAAGAAAGGCAAGAAGCCUGUUGCUAAGCAACAAGCGAAACCGACUGUUGCCCCCUCCGCUACGCCCCCUCCAGCAGAUAAAGAGAAGAAACCAAAAGAACCAAAGAAGAAAGAGGAUGGUGAGGAAUCAGACGGAGGCAGUUCAGAUGAAUCGGGCUCUCAGAGCGACGCGUCGGACAACGAGUCGCGCGACAAGUCGUCAGGUGGUGAGGACGACGACGACGACCAAUGGGAGAAGUUCCAGAAGCGCUUGCAGAAGCGGGAACGUCUCGAGGGACGCUCUAAGAGCUCGCAUCCCGUGCACUGCCCUUACUUUCCAUUGGAGAAGCAAGAGUUUUGGUGGUGUUAUAUCUGCGAUCGCAAAUCGCACACGCUGCUGACCGCGCCCGCGCACGUCACCGCACUCGUCGACUCGCAUGAGCUGCAGUUGCGAUUCACCGCGCCCCGCUGGCCCGGCCUCUACACACUCGCCUGUUGCCUGCGAUCUGAUUCCUACAUCGGUAUGGAUCAGCAGCAGGACAUGAAGUUAGAUGUGAAGGAGGCUGCAGCAGUUCCAGCUGAACACCCACAAUGGGAUCUCAGUGACUCUGACUCUGAUCACAAUGAGCAGGGUGGCAACGAGAGCGAGUUCACAACAGACGACGAGGUCGAAGAGGAAUAA